AUGGUGAAGCCAAAGUACAAAGGACGGAACACCAUCAACCCCUCCAAGGCCAGCACUAACCCCGAUCGAGUGCAAGGAGCAGGAGGCCAAAACAUGAGGGACCGGGCCACAAUCCGGCGCCUGAACAUGUACAGGCAAAAGGAACGCAGAAACAGUCGUGGUAAAGUGAUUAAGCCCCUGCAGUACCAGUCAACGGUGGCUUCUGGCACAGUGGCAAGAGUGGAGCCGAAUAUCAAGUGGUUUGGAAACACGCGUGUGAUUAAGCAGUCAUCAUUGCAGAAAUUUCAAGAGGAAAUGGAUACAGUUCUGAAGGAUCCAUACAAAGUUGUCAUGAAGCAAAGCAAGCUACCAAUGUCUCUUCUCCAUGAUCGAAUCCGGCCUCAUAAUUCAAAAGUGCACAUUCUCGACACGGAAAGUUUUGAGUCGACAUUUGGCCCAAAGUCCCAGAGGAAGCGACCAAAUUUAUUUGCAAGUGAUAUGCAGUCUCUCAUAGAGAAAGCUGAGACGUGCACUGAGGGCUACGACCAGGGCAAGGACCGCGACUUGGUGACUGAGGACACUGGUGUGAGAAAUGAAGCCCAAGAAGAGAUCUAUAAAAAGGGACAAUCCAAAAGAAUAUGGGGUGAGCUCUACAAGGUGAUCGAUUCAUCAGAUGUUGUAGUUCAAGUUCUUGAUGCUAGAGACCCAAUGGGUACCCGUUCCCCUCACAUUGAGACUUACUUGAAAAAGGAAAAACCCUGGAAACACCUCAUUUUUGUCCUUAACAAAUGUGAUCUUGUUCCAACCUGGGCAACAAAACGUUGGGUUGCUGUCCUAUCCCAGGAUUAUCCGACACUUGCUUUCCAUGCAAGUCUUACAAACCCUUUUGGCAAAGGAGCAUUCAUUCAGCUUUUACGGCAGUUUGGAAAGUUACACACUGACAAGAAACAGAUCAGUGUCGGGUUCAUUGGCUAUCCAAAUGUUGGCAAGAGUUCGGUGAUAAAUACUUUGCGUUCCAAGAAAGUUUGCAACGUGGCCCCCAUUGCAGGUGAAACCAAGGUCUGGCAGUACAUCACAUUGAUGAGGCGGAUAUUCCUAAUUGACUGUCCAGGCGUGGUUUACCCCUCUGAGGACUCGGAGACAGACAUUGUGCUGAAGGGAGUUGUUCAAGUUGAAAAAAUUAAGAGUCCUGAAGACCACAUCGGUGCCGUGCUUGAACGAGCAAAGCCAGAAUAUAUCAGCAAGACCUACAAAAUUGAUGCUUGGGAGAAUGCCGAAGAUUUCCUUGAGAAGCUAGCUUUUCGGACUGGGAAGCUGUUAAAGGGUGGCGAACCAGACUUGCAGACUGUGGGUAAGAUGGUCCUCAAUGACUGGCAGAGGGGUCGGAUUCCUUUUUUUGUCAAGCCACCCAAUGCAGAGCCCCCGGCAGUUCCCCAGCUCCUACCCUCUGCCUCCUCUUCGGAGGUUGCCACAGAAUCGACCCAGAACCUCCCAGAAGCAGAGUGCACAGAAACCAUGCUUGAGGAGCCAGGCUCUGUCCUUGAGAAGGAGAGCAGCCAGGAGCAGCAGUGCGACACUAACUGGGAAAUGCAGCAGAUCCUUGCACGGGUCCGACAGAACUUCGGCAAAAUCAACGUCGCGCCUCAGUUUUCCGGGGAUGACCUGGUUCCUUUGGAGAUGUCAGAUGUUGAAGAGUUUGAGAGCUAUUCAGAAGACGAGGAGCAGCAGGAGCAGCCAGGGGACGAGGAAGAAGAAGAACCUUGCCAGGAGUUCCAGGAAGAACCCGUGCAAAAGGACUCCAGAGCAGUUCUUAAAGCCCUGGAUGAUAAGAUUGCUAAAUACCAGAAAUUCUUAAACAAAGCCAAAGCUAAGAAGUUUUCAGCCGUCAGAAUAUCCAAGGGGCUAAGUGAAAAGGUCUUUGCAAAAUCAGAAGAACAAGAAGACGUACAAGAUAAAGCACCUACCAAGAAGGGGAAGAAGAGAAAGGCACAGAGAGAAGAGGAGCAUUCGAAGAAAGCUCCCAGGAUGCUUACGUCUAAGGAACGGAGACGAGCAGAACGGCAGCAGCACUCCCGGAAAGUUGGUGUGCGUUACUAUGAAACACACAACGUGAAGAACAGGAACCGGAACAAGAAGACCAGUGACUCCGAGGGGCAGAAACAGAAACACAAAAAAUUCAAGCAUAAGCAGUAG